UGGACACUGAUUUGGUUCCGUUUGCGUCUACGGACGAGCAUCGUUGUCAUUAGCGCAGCUUCUCUCCUUCUUCAUCUCUCUCUCUCUCUCUCUCUCUCUCUUGGUGGUUUCUCUCUCCCCGUUUCCUGCGCUUUGAUUCGGUUCGGUUCGGUUUCGUUCGGUUUCUUGAAAGCCAAACCUUGCCCCAUUCCCAGAGACGCACGGGAAAGUCAUUGAUUCGAAUCUUAUCCGGUUCGCUUUCUCGACCUUCGGUCUUCUUCCACUCUGCUUCUUGAACUGUGUUUUGGUUUCAAGAAUUUCGUCGCCGGAGUGGGCCAAUUGAAAUUCAUCUUAAUGAAGGCUGUUCAGCAAAAUGGACUUUUCUCUGGUUUGGCUGCUGGUGGUUUUGAUGGAGAAGCAAAAAAUAAAAGGAAAUAUUUCCCUGUUUCUAGAUGUUCAGUUAACAUCAAGAGAAAGGAUGUCAAGGGGGUUUCCUCAAUCAACACCCUGAAGAGUUCUUGUUUAGGUAGUCACCAUUCUGAGUUGUGCUCUUCUUCAGCUGCAUGCAGAAAACGUGUUCUGACUGUGAACUGCAGUCAGUCCUGUUCAGAUUAUGAUAAAGGUCCCUAUAAUGCCAAUACCCAGAAUGCUGAUCAUCUCUUUGGUAGCUUCAAGGAUGGCAUUCUUAAGUUGUUCAGAAGUCCUCUCGACCGAGCAGAUUCUGGAGAUGUUAAAAGUGAGCUCGUACUUCUUGCGUUACCGGCUGUAGUCGGACAAGCUCUUGAUCCACUGGCACAACUUUUGGAGACAGCAUAUAUUGGUAGACUAGGUCCCUUGGAGUUGGCUUCUGCUGGGAUUUCAAUUUCAAUUUUUAACAUCAUAUCAAAGAUCUUUAAUGUUCCUCUUCUUAGCAUCACAACGUCUUUUGUAGCAGAAGACAUUGCAAAGAAUCCUACUCGACAACAUGUGGAAAAUUAUGAGCAUGGAGAAACUUUAAAUGAGGUAGGAGCGAGGAUGCGAUUACCAUCUGUCUCCACAGCUUUACUUUUGGCUGCAGCCAUUGGUACCAUUGAAGCUUUAGCCUUAUAUUUUGGAGCUGGUAUCUUUCUCAGCAUGAUGGGCAUAUCAACUAUUUCGCCAAUGAGAUACGCAGCACAGCAAUUUCUCUCUCUGAGAGCCUUGGGUGCUCCUGCAGUUGUUAUUACUCUGGCUGUUCAAGGCGUUUUCCGUGGUUUUAAAGAUACAAAGACACCUCUGCUGUGUAUAGGGCUGGGCAAUCUUUCUUCUGUCAUUCUUCUUCCACUUCUUGUUUAUAAUUUUCGCUUGGGUAUAAUUGGAGCUGCUUUUGCUACCAUUGCUUCUCAGUAUAUUACAACUCUUUCGCUUAUGUGGUGUCUCAGUAAAAGAGCUGUUAUUUUACCUCCCAAAUUUGGUGAUCUACAAUUUGAGGGGUAUAUGAAAUCAGGGGGUUAUAUGCUUGGAAGGACUCUUUCUAUCUUAUUGACCCUAACCUUUGGAACAUCAAUGGCUGCUCAACUUGGGCCAUUGGCUAUGGCUGCUCAUCAAAUAUGUUUGCAAGUAUGGUUAGCUGUAUCCCUCCUUUCAGAUGCAUUGGCUGUUUCUGCUCAGGCACUUAUUGCGAGCUCUAUUGCAAGAUUUGAUUACGAUAGAGUGAAAGAGAUUACAUACUAUGUCUUAAAGUUGGGAGUCUUUGCUGGUAUAGCCCUGGCUAUAGUCAUUAGUGCUUCAUAUAGCAAUAUUGCGGAGUUAUUCACCAAGGAUGCAGAAGUGCUUCAGAUUGUUAAAAGUGGUGUACUGUUUGUUUGCAUCACUCAACCCAUCAAUUCUCUUGCCUUUAUUUUUGAUGGGCUACAUUAUGGUGUUUCUGAUUUUUCUUAUGCAGCAUAUUCUUCUAUGAUGGUCGGAGUAAUGUCUUCAAUUUGUUUGCUUUAUGCUCCUUCUUUCUUUGGUAUUGCGGGAGUUUGGAUGGGAUUGACCCUUUUAAUGGCUUUGCGCAUGGUUGCAGGAAUUAUGAGAUUAUGCUGGAAAGGAGGCCCGUGGUGGUUUCUGCAGUCGGCCACUGAGGUCUCCAAGGUUACCAGUUGAAACAGAUUAAUUGGACAAGUACAAGUACAUAUCACUUGGACUAAGACGUCUCAUAUGGAUGUGCCUGAGACGGAAACAUCCCGGAGAACUUCUUCGGCUUCUCAGAUCUCCUGGCGAGCUUUUGUAAUGUGAGUCAUUUGAUUUGCAUGAUUGCUAAAUUAUCCGAUAUUUAACCAGUAGUUCUGAAGUCCUGGGCCAUUUCAGUUCACUUUUGUAGCUGUGUUAUUUAAGAAGUUGAUGUACAAACUUUAGAGUAGCUUAAUGAUUAAAUGACGCCAUUUUGAUUAGAUAA